AUGACAGCUAAAGAAGUUAUAGAAUUCGAAAGAAAGUUACAUGAACUUCUCGAGAGAAAGCCCCCUGGGAUUAGUGCGUCGAAAAUCAAAGAUCUAACGAGAAUCGCAAUGACUAGUCCAAAGCAAUAUAAAAAUAUUGUAUACAGCGUACAGAAAUUCAUUCAGAGAUGCUCGGUCGAUUACAAAUUGGGUGCAUUAUAUGUUCUAGAUUCAAUAUCACAGGCGGCAGCAAGACAAAAAUCUUUAGUAGCAGAAAAAGAUGAUAUUAACUCUUCUGGUUGGUCAGGCGCUGAAUAUCUUGAAAGAUUCGAAAAAGUGUUGGAAGAAAUGUUUUCAAACAUAAUGCAAUGUCCAGAAUAUGAUAAGGAUAAAGUGAAACGUGUUCUAGAUAUAUGGAUUAGCAAAGAUGCUGGUAUUUAUAGCAAAGAGGUACUACAAAAAAUAAAAGAAGCCCAUUUUCAACAAAGAACAACGACGGAUGAUGUUCGAUCGUUAAAUGGAGGCGACCACCACAUUGGAAAUGCGUCAUAUCCAACAACUUUAAAUCCGUCAUCGCUUGAUUCUUCAGCACUAUUAGCCACCUUGAAUAAUCUUACGCAAGGAACUUUGAAUAUUCCAUCAUUUUUAUCUUCACAGCAGAUAAAUUCCGUUCCUAUACAACCAAAUUCGACAAUUCCUUAUAAUAGUCAUGCCACAAUGCCAGCGACUAGUAGUUCCCAAUUUACGAAUAUUAAUUUACCACCUUCGUCGACGAGUACAUCCAACCAUCGACCUUCAAUGCCUACAUCAACUUCAAUGAAUAAUGGAUAUACGCGAUCUCCAGUUUCGUCUUAUAAUCAAAAUGUUAAUUUGAAAGGAAACAAACCUAUGCAUGAUUCUUUUGAUUUCGAUUAUGGAGACAUGGAUGAAGCAGAUGAUAUCGGGUUAAUGCCCCGUGUACAAAAUAAUGACAAAAACAAUGCUGAGAAAUCGUUGAUUAACAAUGUGCUGUCUGUUAAUGCAGUUCAAGCGACAACAAGCGCAGCUUCAACUGCACCAAUAUCACAAUUUAAUCAAGAUCAAUUCAAUCUGAUGGCAAAUCAAUUAUUUACUCCCUCGCAAAAUGCACCUUCAAUCUCAGUAACACAAUCACAAAUUCCACCGCAACAAAUUCAACAGCCUUCUGCGGUACCAAACACGACAAAUAUGCCAUCAAUUCCACCGUUUCAAUUUCCACCACCACCACAGAAUUGGGUCGCUCCCGGUCAACCACCACAAAUUUCAUCUAGUGGUAUGCCACCACUUCCAGAACAUUACCAACCCCCGCCACCUUUUCCCUUACCUCUUUGGUCAAAUCAACAAAAUGUUCUUCCACCUCAACAAUGGAAUCCUAAUGGUCCUCCUCAAUCGAAUGGAUCACAAUUUCCUCCUAAUCAAACUUCCGGUCAACAACAAAAUCCUGUUCCUUUCCAAGGUAAUCCACCACCACCAGGUUUUCCGGCCCAACCUUCGGUUCCGAUUUCCGGACAGCCGCUGCCUGCUCCCCCCGGCCAUCACGUGCCACCCCCCGGCCAACCAUUACUAGGUCAUCCGAUGACACCACAAGGUCAACCACCAAUUAUAACACAUAAUGUUCCAGGAUCACAAUCCGGACAACAAUUACCUCCUCCAGGACAUCAAUUACCUCCUCCUGGGCAUCAUAUUCCUCAACCACCGGGACAAACUACUCCAAAUCAACAACAGAUUCAUCCAAAUCAACCUUUACAAACACCGCCUCAGCAACCACCACAAGGUGGCGAUGUUUGUGUCGUAUAUGAAGAUCAAAGUGUCGGAAGGGAUUUCAUUAAAGUGUUGAGUCGAACGCUUUAUGUUGGAAGCGUUAUGGAGCAUAUGUCUAAACAAUAUAUUGAAGAUAUAUUUGCUAAACACGGUCCGGUAUCAACUGUUACGCUUAACUAUGAUAAAAAUCAUGGAUUCGUAAAAUUGGAAACACGAGCAGCAGCUGCAAGAGCCCUUCGAGGUGUUCGGAUGAAAGUGAGAUCCUUAAAGGUACGAUGGGGUGUAGGUUUUGGACCAAAAGAUUGUUUUGAAUUUCCAUCAGGAGAAUCUUUAAUUCCACUUAAUAGAUUAACUGAAACGGAUAGAAAGUGGUUGGUUACAAGCAAAUGUGGUGGGACGGGAGGUAGACCUGUAGUAGGUGGUGUUGUUGUUGAAGAACCUGAUAUAAUAAUUGGGGAAGGAUUUUCAAGUGGAUCAGCAAAUAAAAAAAUAGGACCGUUAUUUGAAAAAUCGAGAAAAUUUUCUGAUGCUUCAUGGGAAGGUUCAGCUUCACCCAGAAGACGAUCUUCGUAUAAUUCGGAAUCAAAUCUUCCUCUUCGAAAUUCUUGGUCAGAGAAAGUGCAAAAUGCAGCAGAUCAAAAAUAUUCUCCCGAGAAUCCGUUACAGCAACCAAUGUAUACUUUUCCACUCAUACAACCUUCUACAAAUCCACCAACAAGCAUGGACUCAAAUCGACAAACUCCUCCACAACAACCUACAGAUAUUAAUACAAAUAUUUCAACUAAUACACAACAACAGCCUCAAGAUAAUUAUAAUAAUAAUUUUAAUCAAAGAAACGAAAUUUCAUCCCCACCACAUUCUUUAUCUGGUAAAAAACGAGAACUAGAACAAUAUAGUGCCGAUAGAGAUGAUGAACAUUAUCGUGAAAAUAAAAAAACGAGAUGGGAUUAA